UUCCCAGCAAGGGCCUUGACAAGCAAUAUUAAAUAGAUGAUAAAUAACUAUGAUAUCAAUAAAUGUAACAAUGUUAUAUAGCAAAGUAAAAGUUGUGUUUCUUAUCUAAGUAAAUGUAACUGGUUACUACUCACCUAUGUGGAUAAGUGUGUUCACUUUUGACAGCUACGACAAAAUAAAAGUAAAAACAUAAUAAAAAUGAUUUAUUUGUCAUAAGAAACCAUCUUUAUCUUUCGUGACGGUCGCUGCGUUUAGAAACAAGCAUCCAGUCAAUGUUUGGCUUCACCGUGUCUAAUUUCACUUUCACUUUCUUUGAUAUUGUGCCAGCAGAAGCGUCUGCCUCACACUUUUCCCCCACGUUCAGCACUUUGGCCACAGCCAGUCAAUGGCAUUAAAAGUGACAAACAUCUUUUUGUUUCGUGCUGACAUCAUGGACUUGUUUUUAUUCUUUCUUCUGGUCGUGCAAAUGCACAGCGUGACGCCUGUGAUUCACACGCUGCAGUAUUUCACCACUGCAUCCUCUCAAGUUCCAAACUUCCCAGAGUUUGUGAGUGUUGGUUAUGUUGAUGGAGUUGAGAUUAGUUACUAUGACAACAACAUCAGGAAAGCAGAAUCCAAACAGGACUGGAUGAACAAAAUCACAGCAGAGGAUCCAAAAUACUGGCAGAUGGUAACAGAGAUCAGUGUUGGUAAUGAGUUUAGUGCCAAACACAACCUUGAAGUUCGUAAGAAGCGUUUCAACCAAACUGGAGGUGUUCACAUUGUCCAGUGGAUGUCAGGAUGUGAAUGGAAUGAUGAGACUGAUGAGGUUACAGGUUGGCAUCAGGCAGGUUAUGAUGGAGAAGAUUACAUAUCGUUGGACAUGAAGACAUGGACAUGGACUGCAGCAAAACCACAAGCUUUCCCCGACAAACUCCAGUGGGACCAGAACAUAUUUAUACUAGACAACGCUAAGUAUUAUUUCACUGAGGAAUGUCCUUCUUACUUGAAGAAGUAUGUGAACAAUGGGAAGAAGGUCCUAAUGAGAACAGAGCUUCCAGAGGUGUUCCUCCUCCAGAAGACGCCAUCCUCUCCAGUCACCUGCAUGGCGACAGGUUUCUACCCCGACUUUGCCGACCUGUUUUGGAGGAAAGACGGCGAGCAGAUGUUGGAGGACGUGGAGCACGGAGAGCUGCUCCCCAACCACGACGGAACCUUCCAGAUGUCGGUGGAGCUGAAAGUGGAGGUGACGGCCGAGGUGGAGGGCAAGUACGAAUGUGUGUUCCAGCUGUCUGGCGUCAAGGAGGACCUGGUCACCAAGCUGGAGAGAAGAAGCAUCCUGAGCAACGCAAGCCAUGAAGACAACUUGAGCGUCGCCCUCGCUGCCACGGCGGCGGUCGUCGCUGUGGCGGCCGUCCUGGCGGCCAUCAUCAUGGUCAUGGUCAGGCGUCACAGAAACAGACAAGCCCAGUACGAUCCAGCUCGUAAGUAA